AUGAGCGGUAAACCGGCUUUUGAGCAAUUCACUGCUCAGCCGCCGCAACCCGCCGGAGAGGUCGUGGCUCCCGCCGCCGACGCGCAGGUACGCACAAAAUGGGCGACGGAUUAGGAAAAUGCAGAAAACUUGGGUCCGAAAAUUAGCUCGAAAAUAGACUUUAAAAAACGUUUUUUUGUACGCCACUAACGUGUUUCAAGAGGUUUCAGGGCCAGGAACUAACGAUCUCGAAGCUGGAGAAUGCGAUCAGUUCGAUGGAGGACAUGGGACUGCAGAACGACCAUCGGCACGCGAAAGCGGUGCUUCUAAAGGCGAAACUGCAGCAGGGACCGUCCGAAUCCACGGCAGAAGCCGGAACUCCGCCCGCGAACGGAGCAAAUGCGGCGCCGCAGCAGAUCUCGGCGCAGCAAGUGAACCAGCUGAGGGCGCAGGUGUCCGCCUACCGGAUGCUCGCCCGGAACGAGCCCGUCCCGUCGCAGCUCAUCGCCGACGCCGUCAUGCUCCGUCCGAAAGUCACCACGUUGCUGCCGGAGCCCUACGAGUUUGCCGGCGAGGCGGAGAACGGCGAAAAGUUGCCCUACGACCUGAUGAAGGUGAAUAUAUGGGCGGGCAAUUUGUGAAUUUUUCAGCAUUUUCAGAAUUUCUGUUCACAAAAUUCACCUAAUCAAAUUCAGAUAUUCAACCUGCACCAAAUCCGCUGCAACCGUCCCACGUCGAUCGCGGUUCCGCCCGGAAUCGACCCGGUCGGAAUGCUAAAACAGAGAGAGAACACGAUUCAGAACCGAAUCGGGCUGCGGAUGAAGGCGUUGAGCAGUCUGCCGGCCGACAUCCCCGAGCAGCUCAAGCUGAAGGCCGAAAUUGAGCUGCGCGCGCUGAGACUCGUCAAUUUACAGACUCAGGUAGGGAAAAUUGAGAUAAUUUGGAUCGUUUCAGCUUUUUGACUCGUUGUUGUGCUCUCUUCGAGCCAUUUUUGUACAAAUUUUAGAAUCAAGGGACUUUAGAGCUCAAUUAGAUGAUUUUGCAGGUGCGCAGUGAAGUGAUGGCCUGCCUGAAGCGCGAUACGACGCUUGAGACGGCGCUGAAUCCGUACGCCUAUCGCCGCACAAAACGACAAUCUCUGCGCGAGGCCCGAGUGACGGAGAAGCUCGAGAAGCAGCAGAAGAUGGAGCAGGAGCGGAAGAGACGGCAGAAGCACACGGACCUGAUGCAAGCGAUCAUUCAGCACGGCAAAGACUUCAAGGAGUACCACAGGAACAACCUGCUGAAGCUGUCGAAGGCACGCAAGGCCGUGAUGACGUACCAUCAGAACAACGAGAGGGAGAGGAAGAAGGACGAGAUACGAAAUGAGAAGUUGCGUAUGCAGAAGCUGAUGCAGGAGGACGAGGAGGGAUAUCGCGCGCUUCUUGACGAGAAGAAAGAUCAGCGAUUGGUGUACCUGCUGCAGCAGACCGACGAGUACGUGGAUUCCCUGUGCUCGCUGGUCCGCCAGCAUCAGAACCAGGAGAAGCGAAAGAAGCGGGAGGACAAGAAGAUCGAGAAGGGCAAUCAGAUGGACGACGAAGCGAAGGUGCACGUGCGCGACGUGGCUUCCGGCAAGAUUUUGAACGUGGACGAGACGCCGAAGCCCGAGGAUCUCGAGUUGUGGAUGGAAACGCAUCCGGGCUACGAAAUUGUGCCGCGGGAUCAGUUGUCGGACGAUGAGGAAGAGGAGGAGGAGCCGCCAGCCGAGGAGCCGCAGGAGGAGAAGGACGAUCAGUACGCGGGAAUGGACGAGGAGACGAAGGCGAAAAUGAUAAUCGAGAAGGCGCGGAACGAGGAGGACGAGUACGAUCAGAAGACGAAGAAGCAGAUGGCCGACUAUUAUGCGACGGCGCAUCGCAUCAAGGAGAAGGUGGUCAGGCAGCACCCGACGAUGGGCGGCGGAGACCCGACCCUCCUUCUGAAGCCGUAUCAGUUGAAGGGAUUGGAGUGGAUGGUCUCGUUGUACAAUAACAAUUUAAACGGGAUUCUCGCCGAUGAGAUGGGACUUGGAAAGACUAUUCAGGUGAGAGUUGGCAGGAUUUUGUAGCCAUUUACCAAAAUUUUUCUGAAGUGUGUUCAGAAACCACUCUAUUUUUUUCAACAUUUUCAAAUUUCCAGACAAUCUCUCUGAUCACGUAUCUGAUGGAAGUGAAGCAGAACAACGGCCCCUACCUGGUCAUCGUACCGCUUUCGACACUCUCCAACUGGUCGUCCGAGUUUGCAAAGUGGGCGCCGUGUGUGCAAACGAUCCUCUACAAAGGAACGAAAGACGCGCGGCGGCGAGUGGAGGGACAGAUCCGGAAGGGCGCGUUCAACGUGCUGAUGACGACGUACGAGUACGUGAUCAAGGAGAAGUCGUUGCUCGGCAAGAUCCGCUGGAAGUAUAUGAUCAUCGACGAGGGUCAUCGCCUCAAGAACCACAACUGCAAACUCACGCUGAUGCUCAACGGCUUCUUCCACGCACAACACCGCCUCCUGCUCACCGGAACGCCCUUGCAGAAUAAGCUGCCCGAAUUGUGGGCUCUUUUGAAUUUCCUCCUUCCGUCCAUUUUCUCGUCGUGCGGUACUUUUGAGCAAUGGUUCAACGCCCCCUUUGCGACCACUGGAGAGAAAGUGGAACUGAAUCAGGAGGAGACGAUGCUCAUCAUCCGACGUCUUCACAAAGUGCUCCGACCGUUCCUUCUCCGUCGUCUUAAGAAAGAGGUCGAAUCGCAGUUGCCCGAUAAGACGGAAUAUGUGAUCAAGUGCGAUCAGUCCGCACUGCAGAAGGUCAUCUAUCGGCACAUGCAAAAGGGUCUGCUGCUCGAUACGAAGAUGCAAAACGGUGCGCGCUCCCUGAUGAACACUGUUAUCCAUUUGCGAAAACUGUGCAACCAUCCGUUCCUCUUCCCGAACAUUGAGGACUCGUGUCGCGCGUACUGGAAGGUGAACGAGGUGAGCGGCAACGAUUUGAUGCGUGUCGCCGGAAAAUUGGAGCUCUUGGAUCGCAUUUUGCCGAAACUCAAGGCCACCGGACAUAGAGUGCUCAUGUUCUUCCAAAUGACGACGAUGAUGACGAUCCUCGAGGAUUUCCUCAACUUCCGCGACUACAAAUACCUUCGACUGGACGGAUCGACAAAGCCCGACGAGCGUGGAGAACUGUUGAAUGUUUUCAACGCGCCGGAUUCGGACUACUUCCUGUUCAUGCUGUCCACACGUGCCGGAGGCCUCGGUCUCAACCUGCAGACCGCCGACACUGUCAUCAUUUUCGAUUCGGACUGGAAUCCCCACCAGGAUAUGCAGGCGCAGGAUCGCGCGCAUCGAAUCGGUCAGAAGAAGGAAGUUCGGGUGCUGCGAUUGAUCACCGCCAAUUCGGUCGAGGAGAAGAUUCUCGCGGCGGCCCGGUACAAGCUGAACGUGGACGAAAAGGUCAUUCAGGCCGGAAAGUUCGAUCAACGAUCGACUGGAGCUGAAAGAAAACAAAUGCUCGAGCAGAUUAUCCGCGCGGAAACGGACGAAGACGAGGAGGAAGAGGUGCCGGACGACGAGACAGUCAAUCAGAUGGUCGCCCGUUCCGAAGAGGAGUUCAACACGUUCCAGUCGAUGGACAUCGAUCGGAGACGCGAGGAGGCGAACAAGCUGGACCGCAAACCGCGGCUUUUGGAGGAACACGAGAUUCCGGACGACAUUCUCAAGUUGUCGUUCGAGUACGAGGAGAUGGAGAGGGCGCGCGAGGAGGGACGCGAGGUCGUCGAUGCGACGCCCAAUCAGAGACGGCGCAGAAGAGAGGUGAGGCAGAAAUCUGACAAAAACCCUUUUUGAGUCAAUUAGAGUGGAAAAAAUGGUGAUUUUACUCGACAUUUCAAUACCUUUUAAGAAAUUUGAGCAGAGUCGAUGGGUUUUGUGUACUUUGAAGCCAUAAGGGUCACAAAAUUGAGGAAAGAUCGAAAAGUUACAAUUUUGGCUCGAAAAUUCUCGGAGAUUCUGAAUUCCAUUGUUUUUGUGCAGGUGGAUUACUCGUCGGAUCUGAUGUCGGACGAUCAGUUCAUGAAGCAAGUGGAGGAGGUGGAGGACGAGAACGAGCGCAUGGUGGCCGAGCGGAAGAAGCAGCGGAAGCGGAAGAUGGCCGGACUCGACGAGAACGACGACUCGAUGGACGACGUGGUGCUGCAGGCGAAGAAGAAGCGGACGGACCCGGAGCUAGCAGAGCGGAUGCAGAAACUGCUCGCGGCGGUGAUGGCCGACGAGGACGAGGAGGGCAACCAGACGGCCGCCGAGUUCGUGACGCUGCCGACGCGCAAGGAACUGCCCGAGUACUAUCAGGUCAUCACGAGGCCUAUGGACUUUGACCGCAUCAACAAGAAGAUCGAGACGGGCAGGUACACGCAGAUGGAGGAGAUCCACGCGGACAUGCUGCUCCUUGUCUCGAAUGCUCAGCAGUUCAACGAGGAGGACAGCCAGAUAUACAAGUGGUCCCUGACCAUCGAGAAGAUUUGGAAGACUGAAUACGCGAAGGUUAGCUUCAUUUUGGAGGGUCCGUAUCACAUCAAAUAAUCCAAUUUUUGCAGAUGAUGGCUCCACCGAAACCGGAUCCGCCAGCGAUCGUUGCCCCGAUCGUCAAAAAGGAGCAGCCGUCGACUUCUGGACCGUCCGCCCACGCAAAGACCGUCUCGGCGACUCAACAACUGACAGCAGCCGCCCAACAACAGGCCAUGAUGGCCCAAAUGGCGGCGAUGGCUCAGAUGAACCCGGCGCAGGCUCAGAUGCUCAUGCAGAUGAUGCAGCAGCAACAGCAGCAGCAGAAAGGCGUCGGGGCCGGCGGAGCUCAGAAUCAGGCACAGAUCGCGGCGAUCCUGCAGAUGCAGCAAAUGCAACAGAUCCAGAUGAUGAUGGCGGCGGGCAUUCCGAUUCCGGGCGUGGCUCCGGCUCCGAUGGCUCCGAAGAAGGAGGUUCCGGCUAAAAAGGAGUCGCCCGAAGGACCGCCGGCUGCGAAACGGAAGAAGCCGGAGGAGAAGGUGGAGGAGGAGGAUGAAGAGGACGAAGACGAGGAGGAGGAAAUCAUCGGCCGCAGAAAGGUAUGCGGUUUGGGGGGAAAAGAUUGGAAAGAAACGGACGAGUUUUUAUAGUUUUAGGGCUUCUUCUAGAAAUUUCUGGAAAUUUAAUUGAUUUUGUUUGCAGGAAACGCCACUGGGACGUCGCAAAUCGCGUCCGACUCGCCGUUAUUCGAACGACGACGACGACGAGGAGGAGGACGAUUAA